AUGAGAGUCUCGGGUUCUUGGUGUCGAGACGAAGAACCUACACUCUCACUGAUUCUGAAGAUUUGCUCCUCUACCAGGCCGAACGUUCAUAAUAAAACAACUAUUGGUGGUGGUGGCGGCGGCGGCGGCGGUGGCGGUACUGCUGCUACAUUGAUCACUCUGGAUAAUAGCCUGACCAGUCUGGCUGCAGUACGUUACCCCCCGGGCUCUGCUUUGGUACCAGUGGGUGAGCCGCAGAUGUGUGCCGUGCUGGCUACCACAGCCGGUCGGCUCUACCAGUUUAGCGGCUGCAUCCAACCGCCGGACGCUGUCUCGGCGCGCAUGUACAUCACAGCG